GGGAAUCAAAAUCAUCAAGGGAACCGCAGUCACCGGAUUCAACACCAACUCAGAUGGAGUGGUCACGGAGGUCAUACUAGAGGGUGGAAGAACCCUAGAAGCUAACAUUGUGGUCGCCAGUGUCGGUGGUAAACCGGCCACCUCACUCUUCAAAGGCCAACUUGAAGAGGAGAAGGGUGGAAUUAAGACUGAUGGGUUCUUCAAAACAAGCUUACCUGAUGUAUACGCACUUGGAGAUGUAGCUACAUUCCCAAUGAAAAUGUAUGGCGAGAUGAGGCGUAUUGAACACGCUGACAAUGCUCGCAAAUCUGCUGGACAAGCAGUCAAAGCAAUCAAAGCAGCUGAGGAAGGGAAAACUGUCCCAGAUUACGACUAUCUCCCCUUUUUCUACUCUAGAUUUUUCGACCUCUCGUGGGAAUUCUAUGGAGACAACGUAGGAGAAUCUGUAAUCUUUGGAGAUACUGACCCCAAAACUCCAAAGCCUAAGUUUGGGACGUAUUGGGUUAAAGAUGGGAAAGUAGUAGGAGUGUUUCUCGAAGGAGGAACUAAAGAGGAAUACAAGGCUAUUGCUAAAGUGGCACGAGCACAACCUUCAGUUGAGAGUCUUGACGUGUUAUCCAAGGAAGGUCUUUCUUUCGCCACCAAGUUUUAAUAGCACCACUCUUUGAGACUUUGGGUCUUUGUUUGGUAUAAUUAAGUCAGAUUGAUGCAACAAUCUCUCCUUUUGUCCUUUGAUUUCGUAUGGAGCCCCUUUUCUAUUUUUGGAGAAUAAUUUAGUAUAAUAAUGUAUUUUAUUUGGUUUGAUCGAAUCAUUGGAUUUUAAAGUUCUUACAAUAUUCGAUUCAUGAUAGAUAUUCAGUUUUUGAUGCA